AACUAAACGUGUGUGUGUGUUUGCAGGCGAGCUUCUGCUCUCUCUCUGACCAGCUGCAGCUCAGAGAAGAAGUCGAUUCUGUUCAGUAUCGCUCAGAACGCGUUCAACACAACAAACACACGCAGUACAAACCCUGUCAGCAUCACAACAUACCAGCUGCUGCAGAACUACCUCGGUGGUGGUGAUGCGAUGUUUAUUCGUACUCUUGUGAACUCCAGUGUGAAUAUGGACGUGCUCACAUUCAUGAGUCUGAAGCAGAGCGUCAUCAACGUGCUGAUCGUGUCUGAGGUGAAGAGUCUGCUGGGUGUGAAUGUGGCCGAUCUGAAGACGUAUGAAAGCGCAGCACAGAUACAGGAGUGGAUCAGGCUUCAGCUGCAGGUGGAUCUGGACACGCUGCAGAUCGGUCUGAUGGGGGGCAGGAACUCCAGCGUCACAGAAAGCACCGUCAGCACCACCACUACAGCUAGCAGCAGCACUAAAGCACCGUCAGCCCAGACCGGCACCGCCGCCACCACAGCUGCUGGAUCCAGAGUCUGGUCACCUGUCUGUCUGCAGCUGCUCCUAUUGGCUGUUACCAUGACGACGCUGCAGCUGCUGCACUGAUGACAUCAUCAUCAUCUCUGUACUUCCCGUCUCUCGGUCUGUCCAGUAUUUAAAGAGUUUCUGCACUUUCACUUUUCAUGAACUAUUUCUGUGUGGAAUUAGUCAAAAUCAAUUUGGAUUACUGUGGUCACAUCUGACUCGUUCUUAUGAAGUUAAAGAUUUGACAAUGAAAUGCCUCAAAUACAUUGUUAAAAUAAUUGAAAAACAUCUCAAUAAAUAAUUAUAAAUACAAGUGUUUUUGUUUGCAUGCGUGAGAGAGACAGACUGAACCCUGCGAAGCGUGAUCCAUGAAGAUCAACACACUGAAGCUCAGGUUACUCCAGGAGAAAAACUGUAAUGAAUGUAAUGUCAAACUCUGUAUGGAUUAAAGCAUAAGAUAAAUAAUUGCAUGGUUGUUAUCCUGAUUGUCAAUUUCAGCUAUUUAAUACUAUAUUUUAAAAAAU